CAUCAAUUUUUUGGCAUUUAUAAAACGAUCGCGCAACGGGGUGGUUGACAUAAAUUAGCACUGAUUUUAAUAACAAAUUAUAGCGAAAAUACAAGAUGAUUAAUACCGGAAAAUUAGCUGGACGUACACUUUUCAUUACUGGUGCGUCGCGCGGUAUUGGUAAAGCUAUUGCAUUAAAAGCGGCACGCGAUGGUGCAAACAUUAUUGUUGCUGCUAAAACGAGCACACCACAUCCCAAAUUGCCAGGCACAAUUUACACAGCGGCUGAAGAAAUUGAGAAGGUCGGCGGUCGUGCACAUCCCUGUAUUGUAGAUGUGCGCGAUGAGGAGCAAGUACGUUCAGCUGUACAGGAUGCUGUUACGAAGUUCGGUGGCAUUGAUAUACUCAUAAAUAAUGCAUCUGCCAUCUCACUGACUGGUACGCUGGAUACAGAUAUGAAGCGUUAUGAUCUCAUGCAUCAUAUUAACACUCGUGGCACAUUCUUGGUAUCCAAGGAAUGCUUACCAUAUCUGACAAAGAGUAAUCAUGCACACAUCUUGAACAUUUCGCCGCCAUUAAAUUUGAAUCCCACAUGGUUUGCUCCACAUGUUGCCUAUACAAUGGCCAAAUAUGGUAUGUCUAUGUGUGUGCUCGGUAUGGCAGAAGAAUUCCGUGCUGCUAAAGUGGCUGUAAACGCGUUGUGGCCACGCACUGCUAUACACACGGCUGCUAUAGAAAUGUUGACUGGACCAGACAGUUUUAAUGUCUCGCGUAAAGUAGAUAUAAUGGCAGAUGCUGCAUAUGCAGUUCUGGUGCGUGAACCUACGCAGUGCACAGGACGUUUUCUUAUUGACGAUGAAGUCUUAACCGAAGCUGGCGUGACUGAUUUGAAACAAUAUGUCUGCAAUCCAGAAUAUGCUGACAAACUAAUGCCCGAUUUCUUUUUGGAUAUGCCAGAGCAAGAACUCAAUGCAAUCAAAGAAGAUAUUAAGCAAAGAAAAAGCGCUAGUGCUUCAACCGAUCAAAUUCCGACUUUAUUUGUAAAGAUUGAAACAUUAAUAUCACCAGAACUGGUGCAGAAAACGCAAGCAGUUUUCCAAUUCAACAUUGAAGGUGAAGAGAAAGGCACAUGGCAUUUGGAUUUGAAAAAUGGUGCAGGUUCAUGUGGUAGUGGUGCACCAAAGGUUUCACCUGAUGCAACUUUAACAAUGAAAGCUAAUAACUUCCACGAUAUGUUCUCGGGGAAAUUGAAGGCUGCUACUGCAUUUAUGACGGGAAAAUUAAAAAUUUCCGGUGAUUUGAAUAAGGCAAUGAAACUGGAAAAACUUAUGGGUUCACUCAAGUCAAAAAUAUAGAUUUUGAUAAUUGUUGUAAUCUGAUGUUUGCUAGUGAUAAGUUGCAUUUUUUAUAAUAAAUAUAGGUUUACUUACUAUUUAA